AUGGGGAGCAAGGGGUUACACGCACAGCAAGGGGCGCAUGGGGAGCAAGGGGUUACACGCACAGCAAGGGGCGCAUGGGGAGCAAGGGGUUACACGCACAGCAAGGGGCGCAUGGGGAGCAAGGGGUUACACGCACAGCAAGGGGCGCAUGGGGAGCAAGGGGUUACACGCACAGCAAGGGGCGCAUGGGGAGCAAGGGGUUACACGCACAGCAAGGGGCGCAUGGGGAGCAAGGGGUUACACGCACAGCAAGGGGCGCAUGGGGAGCAAGGGGUUACACGCACAGCAAGGGGCGCAUGGGGAGCAAGGGGUUACACGCACAGCAAGGGGCGCAUGGGGAGCAAGGGGUUACACGCACAGCAAGGGGCGCAUGGGGAGCAAGGGGUUACACGCACAGCAAGGGGCGCAUGGGGAGCAAGGGGUUACACGCACAGCAAGGGGCGCAUGGGGAGCAAGGGGUUACACGCACAGCAAGGGGCGCAUGGGGAGCAAGGGGUUACACGCACAGCAAGGGGCGCAUGGGGAGCAAGGGGUUACACGCACAGCAAGGGGCGCAUGGGGAGCAAGGGGUUACACGCACAGCAAGGGGCGCAUGGGGAGCAAGGGGUUACACGCACAGCAAGGGGCGCAUGGGGAGCAAGGGGUUACACGCACAGCAAGGGGCGCAUGGGGAGCAAGGGGUUACACGCACAGCAAGGGGCGCAUGGGGAGCAAGGGGUUACACGCACAGCAAGGGGCGCAUGGGGAGCAAGGGGUUACACGCACAGCAAGGGGCGCAUGGGGAGCAAGGGGUUACACGCACAGCAAGGGGCGCAUGGGGAGCAAGGGGUUACACGCACAGCAAGGGGCGCAUGGGGAGCAAGGGGUUACACGCACAGCAAGGGGCGCAUGGGGAGCAAGGGGUUACACGCACAGCAAGGGGCGCAUGGGGAGCAAGGGGUUACACGCACAGCAAGGGGCGCAUGGGGAGCAAGGGGUUACACGCACAGCAAGGGGCGCAUGGGGAGCAAGGGGUUACACGCACAGCAAGGGGCGCAUGGGGAGCAAGGGGUUACACGCACAGCAAGGGGCGCAUGGGGAGCAAGGGGUUACACGCACAGCAAGGGGCGCAUGGGGAGCAAGGGGUUACACGCACAGCAAGGGGCGCAUGGGGAGCAAGGGGUUACACGCACAGCAAGGGGCGCAUGGGGAGCAAGGGGUUACACGCACAGCAAGGGGCGCAUGGGGAGCAAGGGGUUACACGCACAGCAAGGGGCGCAUGGGGAGCAAGGGGUUACACGCACAGCAAGGGGCGCAUGGGGAGCAAGGGGUUACACGCACAGCAAGGGGCGCAUGGGGAGCAAGGGGUUACACGCACAGCAAGGGGCGCAUGGGGAGCAAGGGGUUACACGCACAGCAAGGGGCGCAUGGGGAGCAAGGGGUUACACGCACAGCAAGGGGCGCAUGGGGAGCAAGGGGUUACACGCACAGCAAGGGGCGCAUGGGGAGCAAGGGGUUACACGCACAGCAAGGGGCGCAUGGGGAGCAAGGGGUUACACGCACAGCAAGGGGCGCAUGGGGAGCAAGGGGUUACACGCACAGCAAGGGGCGCAUGGGGAGCAAGGGGUUACACGCACAGCAAGGGGCGCAUGGGGAGCAAGGGGUUACACGCACAGCAAGGGGCGCAUGGGGAGCAAGGGGUUACACGCACAGCAAGGGGCGCAUGGGGAGCAAGGGGUUACACGCACAGCAAGGGGCGCAUGGGGAGCAAGGGGUUACACGCACAGCAAGGGGCGCAUGGGGAGCAAGGGGUUACACGCACAGCAAGGGGCGCAUGGGGAGCAAGGGGUUACACGCACAGCAAGGGGCGCAUGGGGAGCAAGGGGUUACACGCACAGCAAGGGGCGCAUGGGGAGCAAGGGGUUACACGCACAGCAAGGGGCGCAUGGGGAGCAAGGGGUUACACGCACAGCAAGGGGCGCAUGGGGAGCAAGGGGUUACACGCACAGCAAGGGGCGCAUGGGGAGCAAGGGGUUACACGCACAGCAAGGGGCGCAUGGGGAGCAAGGGGUUACACGCACAGCAAGGGGCGCAUGGGGAGCAAGGGGUUACACGCACAGCAAGGGGCGCAUGGGGAGCAAGGGGUUACACGCACAGCAAGGGGCGCAUGGGGAGCAAGGGGUUACACGCACAGCAAGGGGCGCAUGGGGAGCAAGGGGUUACACGCACAGCAAGGGGCGCAUGGGGAGCAAGGGGUUACACGCACAGCAAGGGGCGCAUGGGGAGCAAGGGGUUACACGCACAGCAAGGGGCGCAUGGGGAGCAAGGGGUUACACGCACAGCAAGGGGCGCAUGGGGAGCAAGGGCACCAAAGAAGAGCACAGUGGCACUGGCGGACAUGGAAGCCAUGGCAAGGAGGUGCAUGGGCGCACUGCACCACAAGGGGCGCAGCGUGGUGCAAAGCGGUGCAUGGGAGGCCUACCACCGAAGAAGCGCACAGCAGCACUGGCGGACAUGACAUGA